AUACAAAGUUUUCUUAUCCUUCAUAAAUAUAAAUUUUUUUAACAUGAAUUAACAUAAAAAACUAUUAAUACUCAAUUGGACUAUAGACCGACCACAAAGUUGGUUAGAAAAAGGAUAAUGUUGGCUGGAGGGCAGCCGCCUGGAAUUCCUCCCGUCUCUCUGCGAUUUUGCGUGAGAUUCGGAUUUGCGGUUUACUCUACCGUCUGAAGCUAUGAGCGUCACAGAGUUCGCCAUGGUCGAAGAACUGGCGUUUCUAGUAAGGGACAACCUUCGUUCAAAACAUCUGGUGCUCGCCAUGGAAGAUACCUUCGUUAAUUUCCUCCAGACCGACACCAGCUCUGAUGGCGUUCUGGAGUUGGAGCCGAUGGAUCCAUACAAUCGUCUACUCUUGCAUCGGCUCGCAGAUAUAUUUGGAUUUGCGCAUGUAUCUAUUGGGGAAGGAGAGAGUCGGCACUUGAUUUUGGAGAGGUGCCCGGAGACUUCAAUACCUGCCAUUCUAGUUAGUGACAUCUUGUUCCAGUGUGAUGAGCCUCAGUCUAUCUCAGUUCCUGACCAGGUUUUGAGAAGAGAUGAUGCCACCCCAGUGGUACAGGCAAAAACACCAUCCCUCAGUACAAUCAAGGAGAGAGAAGCUGCAUAUCUGGCUGCUCGGCUACGUAUUUUUUCAGUAGAUGGAGAGGAGGUAAGAGAACCUGUUGAGCAGAGGCCUAGGAAUGUCCCUGCAGUAGCCCGCCGAAUGAUAGCCCAUGCAUUGGGACAAAAGAUAACACCUGGCAGAGACAUAGAUUGGAAUGAGGAAAAUAAGGAAGUAGAAGAAAGCAAAUCUACUUCCGUGGAAGAUUCUCAGGAAAGCAGUUCCUCGGUCGCUAAAGGAUUGUCUCGGAAGAGUAGCAGUCAGAAUGAAAUGAGCAGGAACAGAACGAAGGAGUUUUCAAAGGAGGAACAGUCACGUGCUGCAAGGAGGAUGUUUGCAAAUGCAUUGGGUCUUCAACCAACUAAAGCUAGUCUUCCUACCACAAGAUAACAAGGUGAAGAGAAACAAGCCGGACACGGAGAGGGAAAUCAGGGUCAUUGUAACUGAUGAAUUUUUCGGUUGUCUGCAUCUGGAAAGUCGCUAGUCAGGGACGUGGCAGAUUAAGAAGGAACUCUGCUGCUUUUAUAUCACCAUUCACCAGCACUUGCAGGGCAGAACAGUUGCUAUGUUACCAGCUACUUGAGUUGAAGAAGCUGCAGUCAGCUUGCAAGAGUUUUGUUUUUCGAGUUCAUCCCUGUUGGGAGCUUGGAGUUGCAAUAUAUGGGUCGUUGUGCGGGUUUUGAAGGUCUCCCGGUACAGGAUUGCUGCCCAGAUGUUUCAAAGGAAAUGGCUGAAAAGUCCGUGAUAGCUUUGAAGCCCUAAAGUAUGAUUUGGCGAUCUUUUGGCACAGAUUAUGUACCCGUUGAAAGAUUGGGACUCCACAUUAUUCACAUACACUUAUGUUCUACAUUCACGCUUUCUCGAUCACAGAACAGGGUAGAUUUCCACUCGGUCAUGCUGCAGACGGUGCUGCUGCAGCAAAGAAAAUGCAGAAUGUGAUACUUACUGUAUUGCCAGGAAACUUCUGGUGACUGAUUUACUUAUGAACUUGGUUGUUUUGAUGGUUCGGGUACAAAUAUUACUUCCUAAUGCAGUGGUUGCUGCUAUAUGCCUAUAUGAUGACAUAUUCAUUUGAAUGAUUACAAUUUCAGUUAUAAUAACCUUUUAUGGGUUUGCCUAAAAGGGGGAGAAAGAAGAGACAGGAGGCUGCACUAGCGUUGAUCUCAAAUUGAUCCAUCCAUUUAGUGACUAGCUGGCAGAAUUGUCAACUAACAUAUAUGAUAAGUUGUUCGCAAAUUAGUAAAAUAGUUUUGACAUCAAUUCGUUUAUGGGUGGGUAAAUUCAUGAUUUGAUAUCAACCCACUCCUAAACAGGUCAAAUAGGUCGCGUAAAACAGAUCAGGUUGAAAUUGUCAUCCCUAGUGAUGGGUGGAUUGUGGGUCAUCUCAAUGACUCACACCAUAUUUUCAUUUAACAAAAUGUUUCUUAUACU